AGAAUAUGAAUCCAUUCGGUCCGCCCGCCCCCCCGUACACCUUUUUCCGACGAUUGUUCAAGUUCUCCCUUUCUUGCGGUAGCGUCGCCAUGCGUACGCGUGUUCUUAGGUCUGCACUUCAUGGAUUUCGUAGAAGCCGGCCCCCUUGGUUGGGGAUGAACUUUGCUGCGUUUAUCAUCAACCACCCUCCGUCAGAGAAUGUCCGCCAAUCUGUAGCCUGUGGGGCUCAAGCAAAUGAUUUCAGUUUCGCCUGUAUUUUAGUGUUAGGGCGACUAUCGACUCAUGGGGAAGAACAAGAAAAAUGUUAUGCACGAUGCUGCUGGUAAGAAGAUUAUGCACCCGGCAGAUGCCAUACGAAAGCAAGCAAAGAAACGUCGGUUAGAGAAGGUGAAAAAGGAACGCCACCAGAAUUUCGAGAAGAAGCUUCUUAGCAUGAACCCAGAAGACAUUGAGUCAGAUAUUCGUGACUUCAAGGACGAGCUGGAGCGAAAAAAGGCUUCCAAGCAGGACAUCUCCAAGUGGAAGACAGAUAAACUCAACCGCCUUGAAGUGAAUUUUAAGAAGCUGAAGGAGAAGAUAGUGGACAAAGCCAAGGAGCGUGCGGCUCGGCCGAGGGGCGCGCACGAGAUAGACUUCGAGGAGCUGAAGAUAUUUCGGAAGUACUCGGUAUUCUACCACCCAGUGACGAACCCUUACGGAGCGCCACCGACGGGUCAGAUCUUGAUGUACCGACACCCCGACGGCUCCACGAAGCGCGAGCCGCCGGAGCUGUCGGACGAGAAGCUGGCCGCCGUGGCUGAAGACCAGGCCGGCGCCGGCAGCGCCUCGGGGGAAGACGGGUCCGAGGAGGAUUCCGGUUCCGAGGAUGAGGACGACGAGCCGAUGCUCCCCCCUGCGCUGCCGGGCGCUCCGGCGGAGCUGCCCCCGGGCCUGCCGCCGCUCAUCGGCGCCGGCCUGCCGCCAGGGGGCCUCCCGCCGCAGGCGCUGCCAGCCCUGCCGCCCGGGCUACCCCCAGGAGUGGCGCUGCCGCCCCUCCCGCUCGGGCAGCCUCCCCUGCCCAGCGGGCAACCCCCGCUGCCGAGAGGGCCGGCGCUGCCACCGGGGCAGCCGCCCCUGCCACCGGGGCAGCCGCCCCUGCCUCUAGGGCAACCGCCGCUGCCCCUCGGGCAGCCGCCGCUGCCCCUUGGGCAACCGCCGCUGCCCCCAGGAAUGCCCCCGCUGCCCGUGGGACCGCUCGGCGCCGGCACUGGGCCGCUGUCCAAAGACGCCUUCGCGGCCGAGAUGGCCCAGGCGGGCCUCUGCGCGCCUGUGGCCGCCCUGCGGCCGCCCGGGCCGCCCGGGCCGCCCACCCGGCCCUCGCCGCGCACAGGCGGAACGGUGGCUGCCUCCCCGUCUGUGACCGUUAGCGACCUCCCGGCGGGCGCCAAGCCGCCACCGCCGCCUCCAAAGAAGGCCGCGGCCCCGAAGCCCCUGCCGAAGGCGGCCACAUUCUUCACGCCGACGAACCUGCGGACGAAGAAGGUGUCGCAGGUGGCGGGAGGCGUCUUGCAGGCGUCGUCCUCGUCGCUGUCCAUGGCGAAGCGGAAGGAGGUGCUGCUGCGGGAGGUGCCGACGGUGGGGCAGGCCCCGAGCAUCGACGACGCCUUCAAGGACUUCAUGAGCCAGAUGGACGACGACUGACCGCGGGGCGCAGAGGGGGUCCCGUGCGCGCCGCCGCCGAGCGCCCCUCCAGCGCGCCCGCGGAAAAGAGGGGGGGAGGGACGGCACGGACACGGCCACCCGUUCGUGGUUUCCCUUUAAGAUCAGAUCAGGC